AACAGAUUACUUAUACAGGACCGUAUUACACAAUGGAGAAGAGGGGAGCAGGGAAAGAGAAAAAAGGGGACCACCCGCCCUUCUUCCUCUCUUUCCCUUUCUCUCCAUAGUUCAGCUGUUAAAGCGCCAACCAGUACAAUCAACAAUCACUGAGUGACCAUUCAUUGCCACUCUCUCCAUCUCCAAGCUCCCCAUCAACACAGUUUCCCUGUAUGGAAUGCUCUUGUCAUCACUCAGAGAGAAACUGUACAACCAUCAUGGCUCCAGAGAUGAAUCUGGGCUGAUCUGUCAAACUGCGGUUUAGGAGACGCUUACCAAUCGAACGCAGUGGACAGCAUUCCCUUUUCAUAGAAUUGGGUCAGAAAAUGGACAUCAUUGUGCUUCUAUGAACCAAUGAAUAUGUUAGGGUGAGAACCUUGAUGACUCUACUACCUGUGGAUGAGGAUGCGGUCUACACUAUCUCUCUGUGGAGGAGAAGGGGAGGGCAGGGGCCUGAGAGCCCGGGUAGGCAGGAUGAAGAGACUGCUGUGCCUUCGACACACCCACCGUGUGGACGUCCUGACGGACAUGGAGCCGGGGCUUUGGCUGAGGCGCUUCCAGCUGCUGGAAACAGAGGUCACUGAGGACCCAGUGCAGGAGUGGGGGGAGGAGGUGGAAGAGGGUGCCGUGUUCGGCAUAACGCUAUGUAGGGAGCCUGUGCUCCCCAGCCCCUCCACCCAGGACCCCUCAGAGCCUCUCACUAUGUCCCAGUCGACUCCUUCGGCUUUCAACUUCAUCCAGUACCACACAGUGAAGGUGCGUCGGUUGAAAGCGGGGACCCUGGAGCGCCUGGUAACCCACCUGCUGGACUCAGAACACCAGGAAUCUGACUAUGUCAGAGUGUUUCUGUCCACCUACAGAACCUUCACCACCACCAACACACUCAUAGAACUGCUCUUCCAGAGGGAUGAUAUGAUUGCCAACCUGGACAACACAGUCUGCCCAAGGAGCACCCUGGUGCCCCUGAUCAGAACUUGGCUAGAGGAACACAAGGAGGACUUCAGGGAACCCCCUCGGCACCCCUCCCUGAGGCUGCUCUGUUUCCACCUCCGCCACCGCCUCGCCUUCCGUCGCCUCGCACAAACAGCUGAGACGCUGCUCAAGAAGCUCCAGGAAGAAGAUCGCAUUAGUCUGCAUCAGUCUUCACCAAUAGAUAAUAGUGAUUGUCAGCAGAAAGUGGAGGGGUCAGGAGAGGAGGGAUCAGGAGAGGAAGUACCGAAGGAGGUGACUGGAGACUUUAUGGACUUCCCUGUCAUAGAAGUGGCAGAGCAGCUGACACAAUUGGACGCUGACCUCUUCAUCAAGGUGGUCCCAUUCCAGUGCCUGGGCUGUGUCUGGUCUCAGCGGGACAAGAAGGAGAGCCGCAACGUUGCGCCCACCGUCCGCGCCACCAUCGCCCAGUUCAAUGCUGUCACCAACCGGGUCAUCACCUCCCUGCUGUGCUCCUCGUCAACUUCUCCGAUCUCUGUCGCCUCCUCAACCCCGAGUCCGUCUACGGCCCCUAGCUCCCCUCUCCUCCCCCACACCAGCCCCACCCUCAGGGCCAGGGUGAUAGAGCGGUGGAUCGCCAUAGCACAGGAGUGCAGAAUGCUGAAGAACUUCUCCUCUCUGAGAGCCAUCCUGUCAGCCCUGCAGUCCAACGCUGUGUACCGCCUCAAGAAGAGCUGGGCUGCCGUCAACAGGGAUUGUAUGGCCUGUUUCGACCAGCUGUGUGAGACGUUCCCAGAUGAGAACUGUGUUCUGACCAGCAGAGAGAUCCUGGUGGAGGAUGGCAGCCAGCCGGAUGACAACGCCGCCCCCAAGUCACCCCAGCUGUGUCCCAUGUCUAAACAGAUGAGCCCAACCAGUGGUGUAGUCCCCUACCUGGGCACCUACCUGACAGUCCUCACCAUGCUGGAUACUGCACUCACAGACACAGUAGAGGGUGGCCUCAUUAACUUUGAGAAACGUAGAAGGGAGUUUGAGAUCCUGUCUCAGAUCGGCCAGCUGCAGGCGUUCUGCUCCUGCUACAGCCUCCCGGUAGACAAGACCAUCUCAGCCUGGCUGCAGAACCACACCAUGCUCAAUGACCAGGAGAGUUAUGAGCUGUCCCGUGCUCUAGAGCAUCCGGUCGACCCUUGUCCAAACUCGCCCUCUUCCUGGAGCCAGCGCCUGCUCAACAAGAAGCUAGCCUCGUUGCUGUCGGGCACUGAUGUCUCCAGCAGAAAGACCCAUUCAGACCAGCUCAGUGUGUCGUCAUCAGGCUCCAGUGGUUCUGAGAUGGAGGAUCUGUCCUCACCACAGCCAUCUCCCCUCAGAGUCAAACUCAAGUCUCUGUCAGGCUCCCUCCACAACGUGUCUGAAGGCCUCUCCUCCAACACCACCUCCCCCACUCCCUCCAACGCCUCCUGCAGCUCCUCCCAGCCCGACCUCUCCUACUCCUCUACGGCCAUGAGCCCUGACUGCUCUUCCUCCUCCUCCUGUUGCUCCUCCUCCUCCUCUCCUCCGUGCUCUAAGCCCGUCUAUAACAAGCAGGUAGCCGACUCCUGCAUCGUGAGGGUGAGCGUGGAGUGCGGCAACAACGGCAAUGUCUAUAAGAGCAUUCUGCUGACCAGUCAGGACCACACUCCUCAGGUGAUCCAGAGGGCCCUGGACAAACACAACCUGGAGAACAUGAGCUGUACAGACUUCAGCCUCACACAGCUGCUGUCCCAGGACAAAGAACUCCAGAUCCCUGACAAGGCCAACGUGUUCUACGCCAUGGCCACCUUGGCCAACUACGACUUUGUCCUCCGCCAGCGCUGGAGGAGCCACAGCAGACGCCUGGGCACUUCUUCUAGCCCCGGGGCCCAGGGCAGGGGACACCUUGCCAAGUAGACAGCACCACAGCUCCUCUGCCUAGUCUGGAGGGAGAACUACAGCAAUAGAGAAGGGUGGAAGUGGAAUUGUGUCCCACGGGAACCAUGGCGUAUUCACUGUAACUGAGCUAGCUGCUAAUGCUUGGUAGAAAUGCACAUUUAAGCCUUUCAUUGGCCACAGCCUGAGAACUUGCAUUGUGAACACCAUUAUGAAGCUUCUGCACCAGGACGUGGUUGACUCAUCAUUGGAAAGGAGAUUAUUUUGAUACUCAUGGAUUCAAGGAUGGGACUAGAUGUAUUCCAGGAGGUUCAAUAUUGAAGGAUGGAAAACCAAUAGAGAUAAAUAUGCCAAGAGGUGCUGUUUUGAGGGGAUAAGUAUGUGGAGAUGGAGUACUCAGAGAUUGAAACUGAAACAGGUGAGUUGAAGUAACGAAAGCAGACAUUUUGUGGCCUUAUAUCCACUUCGGUGGAUUGAAGCCAUAUGGAUGUCAAUGGAAGACAUGAGAAAUCAACCACAACCAUUUUCUACACAAGACUAACACCAGCUAAUGUCAACAAAUAUGCUAUGGCACUUUAGAAUGUUGACCAGUGUAUCGAACCAACACUCCAAAUGCUCUGCAUGUCAUUAAUUUAGCUCCGAACAGCAAAGACUAUUAUCAACACAAGGGACUAUGCAUCUACUUAUUUGUGAAGAAAAGGAACAAGGAGGAAGGAAAUCGCCCUUCUCCAAAUAGGUGUGUUAUCUUCCAACAUAAAGGGCAUGCAGGUCAUUGACCCUGGAUCGAUGGAAGUGUCCAACAUGAUUGAGUGGGGGGUGUAGGUCUCACAUAAUGAUGCAGUCCGUAUGUGCUGAGGGGAUGACCAUUCACAUGGCCCACACCCCUGGGUACGCGGUUCUAACAUUUCAGAAAGUGAGGAAGGAAAGGUGCAUUUAAGUAUUGGAGCAGAAUGUGUUCUAUAGGCUUUAGAUAUACAUACAUAUACAUAUAUAUACAUAUACAUAUAUACAUACAUACAUACACACACACACACACACACACACACACACACACACACACACACACACACACACACACAUAUAUAUACAUACAGACCGAGACAAAAAUGAAUAACAACAGUAGAUAUGAUAGUGUUAUUAGCAAUAUGUAUAUAGACCAGAUCGUUUCAGUAAUUAUUCUCAGUGCUAUGUUGCAUUUCAGUGUUUCAGCUUUGACAAAUUAUAAAGUGAUGUUAUUUGUUUGUAAUUUUUAUGAGUCUGAAUUGUUCAAUGGAGGGAGGGGACAGUGCAGUGCCUGGUAAAUGUACAUUAUGGUUAAUGUCUUAACUAUAAUAGGAAGAUGGCACUUUAAGUCUCUUAUCAGACUGUUUAUUUUGAAUGUCAAAUGAAGGAUAUAAAGAGUGUACAGAACAUUAAGGACUCUUUCCAACACUGACCAGGUGAAAGAUAUGAUCCCUGAUGUCACCUGUUAAAUCCACUUCAAUCAGUGUAGAUGAAGGGGAGGAGACAGGUUUAUGGCUUUUUAAGCCUUGAGACAAUUGAGACAUGCGUUGUCUGUGUGCCAUUCAGAGGAUGAAUGGCAAGACACACAAUUUAAAUGCCUUUCAACAGGAUAUGGUAGUAGAUUGCAGGCACACCGGUUUGUGUAUGUCAAGAACUGCAACGCUGCUGGGAACGCUAUCGACACCUUGUAGAGUCCAUGCCCCAACAAAUUGAGGUUGUUCUGAGGGAAAUGGAGGUGGUGCAACUCAAUAUUAGGAGGGUGUUCUUACUGUUUUGUACACUGUGUUAUUCUAUACAUGACUACAGGCUUUCUGAAGAAAUGCAGAAAAAGAGAGCGGAGGAGGGAGAGGGUUUCCCACAAACAAUGUCUGAUAACCCCCCCCCCCCCUGGUUAAAACAGGCCCAUUUGAUUUCAGUGGGGACAUGACUACAUGAGAAUGACAUUGAAUGUGGAUGUUGAAAGACACAGAAUGUGAUGGUGUUAUUUAUGGUGAAUUCAUUACCGGUGUGAGGGCAGUGGGUGGUUGGUGAAUGUGGGUAUUGCUGAUAGUGUUGUGAAGUGUAGAACUGUUUACAAGUCAGAUGGGGAGACAACAGAGAACAAGCAUGAAUUGACCUUUUUGUGCUGCUUAAGAUUUAGCUGAAACCCCUAGUGUUUUAUUCGGAGAGACAUUUGUCGUGUGUGUACAUUUUACUAAACUUGUGAGGACCAGAAGUCCUUACUAGAAUAGUAAACCAACAAAACUUCAGAGAAGUGAGGAUGUUUGGCCGGUCCUCACUUAUAAAAAGGCUAUUUUAGGGUUGGGGUUAGGGAAAAUAGGAUUUUGAAUGGGAAUCAUUGUUGGUCCCCAAAACGUCCUCACGAGUAUAGUAAGACAUAGUUGGGUGUUUUAAUUCAAGCACUUUUCUCUCAAUGUCACUGUUUUAAACUAUGGGAUAUUAAUUAAUAAAGAUUAUACUCAACUCAUGUUGACUUUGCAUUAUAUCUUACACACUAGUCACCUAGUCCAUGCUAUUUGUCACCUAGUCCAUGCAAAAAAUAUAGCUUUAUUUUACAUGAUAUUUGUGAUAGGGUAGGAACAUUAGUUUUGGUCAGUCUUUCCACUGGGACUAAAUAGGGAGGGACCGGUUAAAAAGUAAACAAAAGCGUCCCUUAGACGUAUGCAGGUGAGCAUUUUUGUACCUGAAGUUUGUAGAGACUGUGUGGUGUCGUUGCUAUGCUGUGUCUGAGAACCAUUUGGAGAACCAUGCUGUUUGAAGAAAUGUUUUGGGUGUGGUAAGGUAAUUCCACUAUGUGUUUACUUCGAUUGUUAGUGUUUUUGUUUAUUGAGUUUGACAGACUAAUGCAUUAUUUAUUGCUUUAUUAAAAUGUUGCUUUAAUUAAAAUGCCUUACUGUCACUGCA